UAGGUUUUAUUUAAGGAAAGAAUAUAUAAUAAUUUCAAUUUGAAAAAUGAAUGAUCUAUAAUGGAUAUACUAUAUAAUAUAACAUUCCCUAGUAAUUUAAUUUUUGGACUAACAAAAUUCUCAAUUGAUUCUAAAGCCGCCACGUAAGUGAAAUUAACAUUUCAAUUACGUGACAACUGUGAAAGAUUUUUUUUAAUUAUUACAAAUUUAAGGUUACAUCUUUUCAAAUGUUCCUCGAUUAAUAUAUAGGGGAUUGAACAAACAUUAGAAUAACUUUUUAUCUUUUUAUUUUAUUUUAUUUUAUAAUAUUGUUAAACUUGUAUUACUAACUAAUACAAGUUUUAUUGAAAUAAAUAUAUCACUAGAUUGAUCCGCGCUUCGAAAGCGCAUAGUUUUUUUUGGAUUAUAAAGAAAGUUUGAAUUGAAUUAGUAAUUUGAUAUUAUUACAUUAUUAUGCUACAAAAAAUUUUGAAUUUAUUUUUUAAGUAAUUUUCAUACAUUUGAGAAUAUUUCUUUUUUUUUAUAAACAUGCAAAAAUAUUAUUCUGAAGUAUGUGCAACUGCAAAGAGUUGAAAAAUCAUAUAAUAUGUUUUGACUGUCUUUCAACCAAGUUUAAUUUUUGAAAAACAGUAUUCUAAAAAUUGGAUUAAAUAAAACUAUUUUUCUAGAAUAACUUUAAUAAAAUCUGUUUAGGCAUUCAGAAAUUUGUUUUUUAAAAAGGUGUCUAACUACUGCAUUCCGAUUAUUUAAACAUUAAAAGAUGUUUAUUAACAUUGUUUCUGUACCUGAUAUCCAAAAUUAUAUGACAUUCUCUUAGACCAAAAUCUUUGUUCUAAACUCUAUAAAUUCUAUAAAAAAACACAUUAGACUCUAUUAAGAGUAUAAUAAAUUAGUAACUUGCAAAACAAAAUUAAAUAUAAAUUAGAUGUUAUUUAUUGAAUAGGUGAACAUGGCUCUUCAUUUCUCACACAUUUUCCACCAUAGUAAGUUUGUAAAAAGUAAAAAUUGGAAAAGAACAAUAGUUUUUGUCUUUUUGUUCUGCAAUUAUGAAGCUUAAUAAGUGCAUCCAUCUUCUGGACAAUAAUUGGCGUAGAUGAUAGUUAUUAUAUUACGUCAAAAUCAAUGCUCCUUACUUAAUUUUGAUUCCAAAUAUGGUUAUUCAUUAUAUUUUAUACGCAUAUUUAUAUUUGAAAAUAUAAAAGAAACAAAUAGAUGGCAAAAACAUGCUUGGAAAUAAAAAAAUGAUUUCAAUCUUAAAACAAAUCCGCGCCAUGCGGAUGUUUGUUUUUCAUUUAGAUUCAAUGAUUUUUCUAUAUUUUUGGUAGAAUAUAUUUUUAACAAUUAACUAAAACAUAUAUUUGUUUGAUAUAAUUUCUGGUUUAUAAUAUAUUUAUUCAUUUUUUUUCUAGUCAUGAAUUGCAUAACUCAUUUGUUUAUAUAUUUUACGGGGUAGACUCAGUGAUUAUCGUUUGUUUAUAUAUUUUUUUAUUUUCAUUUGUGUUUUUUGGACGUUUGGUAUUCUUUGAAUUUUUGUCUUCAAAUUUUAUUUUGGAAAAUCUAAAAUUCUUUUAAAAUUUUUUUAUUUACAAAGCUAAGUAUUUAAUUAUUUAUUUAUUAAAAUAAUAAAUCCCAUAUUUCAAGUCUAGUUUAUUUAUUAAAAUCAUAAACCCCAUACUUCAAAACCUCACCCCUCAAAUCUAAAUCCUAAAUCUAUAUUAGUUUAACCCUAAUGUUAUAAGUGUAUAUUUAUAUCGUUUAAACUCAAGGUAAAUAUGGUUGAAGUAAACAUGAAAAUGAUAUUAAAAAUAUGUAUUUUAAGAAAUUUUAUCAUAUUUUAUUGAAUUAGGUUUUCUUUAGACUAAACUUUACAUAAAAAUAAUAUAUAUAUAUAUAUGCAGCAUAAUAUUCAAUAUAUAUUUUACAUAAAAAAAUAUUUAUACUUAAUUUACCAUUUUAGUUAUCCCUUAUAUACUAAAUCGCAAGUCACACGACCAAUCCUAUUAUGACACAUGGCACAUGUUCUACAAAAUUCAAAAAAUCAAAAUGAUAAAAAGUUUCAUUGAUCGAUCGUAAAUAUUUCUGUAACUGCCAAGAAAUUCAAAUUCCUAUUUUUUCUCAAAACUAUCACACUAUAACACGUUCAACAAUGAAUUAUAUAACUUCCCAUCAUCUUGACUGUCUCAUCUUCUAUAUUCCUAUCAACGGUUUGUCUAUAAUUUCUAGGUCUUCUUCCCUAUCGUUUUUAAUUUGUCUUUGAGUGUGGCAAAUCACGGUGACAAAAGUUUAUGAUUAUUUAUUUCAAAUUCAUCUCAUCUAUUCCUAAAAAGUAUUCUAUUUACUUCAAAUUCAUCUUCUCUAUUCCUAAUAAUUAUGCCUAUGUAAUCUCUUGGAGACAUACAUUUCGUCUCUUUCUGAUUCAAAUUUACAAGGAAGGACUGAUGCGUUAAAGCAACGAGCUCAACAAGAAGAAUCUGUUCUUUUUUUUUUUGAGCAUUAGUUUUGUUUGACACUAAAUUGUUUUGUUUUAACUAUUUGAUUUCUAAUUUCAGGAAGUGUGUCGUUGGGAGAGAAGCUUUCAAGAGAGUUCAUGGACUAUGAACUUUUAAUGCAAUUGAUAGGUAACCCACAAUUUUUGUGGACAUUUACAUGAUUUUUUAUGAGUAAACUUUGUAGAUAUUAUAUUCACUAUAAAAUAAAACAUGAAGUAAACCAGAAAAACUUCAAACUAAUAUUUGAAUCCACUAAACUAACUAAAAUUAAAGAAAGUUUUAAAACUAAUCUAAUUUAAUUUUAUGUGUCUUGGUUAAUCAGUAAUAAGUGUGUCAAUGGUUUGUUAAUGUAUACACAUUACUUAUGAUAAAUCAGAGUUAUUUUAUACCAGCAAUUUUAGUUAUAUAUAACUGAAACUUGGUCUUAUAUGCAAGUGAAAAUAUACCCGUACGAAGUACGGGACCAAUACUAGUUAGUAAUAUUUUGUUGUACAAUAUUCACGAUCUGCUUAAUUUGGAAGGAAAUUUUCAUGUUUACCAUUUUUUGGUAUCUUUACUCAUGUUUAUCACUAAAAAAGAGGAAAAAGACUCUUAUACCAUUGUUCUCUCUAUAUAUAACAAAUAUUUUUUUUUAUGUUUUUGAAUUAUACUUUUUCAAAUUCGAACUUUUUAUAAUUCUGUUUGAAUUUUUUUUUCAAAAUUUCUUUUUGAAAAUCAAAAAUUAUUUUUGAAAUUAGUUUUAAAUUUUUUUAUGUUUCUUAAAGUAUUUAUUUAUAUAUUUAUUAGAAUCCUAAAUUUCACAUUCCAAAAACUUUAUAACACACCUCAACACUAAACCCUAAGUCUAGAUUAGUUAACCCUAGGGUUAUAAUUGUCAUUUUUAUCUCUUUAAAAAGUAAAUGUAAAAAUGAUUAGCGUAAACAUGAAAAGUGAUACUAUAAAUGUGAUAUUUUUUGAUAAUUUCCCUAUUUUGAAUAAUUUAUCUCAUGAAAAUUAAAUGAAAGAACUAAACAAACUUUUUUUCCAAAUUAAAAAAUUGUGAAAUUUCUAAAAUAAACAUUUCUUUAAUAUCGAAAGACAUUCCCAUAAUAUAUGAGUUUAUGUUUUAUAUUUUCAAAUCUUGAUAAUUUUAAAAAAGAUUUGUUGUAACUACAUAAUAUUUGUUCCGUUAGUUUCCUUAUCACGAUUAACAUCCGAGUAAAUAAAUGUGGUAACUGCGGUAAACUGAACCGAAUUUUGGCAUGGUUUAAGGUUCAAAAGAAAUGAUUAUAUUCCACUGAGUUGGUAAGGCCAGGGCCGGCCCUGAGAGUUUGGAGGUCCAACACCAUUUAGUAAAGAUUUCAAAAAUUUGGAAGCCUAAAAUUUUUUUUUUCACAAAUUGGAGGCUUAUUUACAUAAAAAAAAUUUCAAAAAUUUUGGGAGCCCAAGGCGAAUGUUUUAUUGGGCUUGUCCCAGGGCCGGCACUGGGUAAGGCCUGGCUGAUAAAAAACGUGAAGGCCUUCUAAUUAUUUAUUUGUAAAGAAGUACUUUUAAUCUCAAUGGCACAAAUCGUAAAUAUUAAGAUGAACUAAAGAUUAAUUUCAGUUUAUACUUCAGUUUUAAUAGUUUAGAUAGAUUUGUUGGAAAUAGAUAACCAAACGGGAAUAAUAUGCAUGUAUUAAAUAAAAAUAUUUAUUUUUUAGCAAUUUACAUUAUGUUUCAAUUUGUAUUUCUCACAGAAGACUUUCAUAAGACUUAUAAAACUCCAGAAUACUUCAAAUGAUAUAUUCGUAAAAAUACGUUAUGUUUUUUUGUUUUGUCAUAAGAGACUACUUGUAAUUUCACUAGGGUUUUGGGUUAGUUUUGUAUUUGAUUUAAGUUGAGACAUACUUUUGUGUUUAAAAUCAAGUUUUGGGUGAUAUUUGACAAUUUUCCAUAAUUUUUAUCCACAAUUAGACGAAUUAUAAUGUAACAAAUUUAGUUUUUCAUUGUACUUCGGUUUAAACUUGUCAAACUCUUACCAAUUUUUUUUUUUGUUUUGGUGGUAAAUACACAAACCUAAAUUCAAAGUAUCAAAUUCUUCUAAAGUCUUUCCGUUCCUAAUGCUUGUAGAUCAAAAAGUUUAGACCACCAAAUCAUAUAAAAUUUGGGCCACAUGUUUAAAAAUAUGUCUUUGUCAAGUGGUUUGAUUUGUUAGUCAUAUGAUUUAAACCGUAGUCCAAUGAUAAAGAAUAGAAAUAUUCUUUUUAGAUAUUUGAGGAAUAAAAUAAUUACUUUCCUUACGAAUAAAUUCGACUAAGAUUGUAGUUUGAAUUUUUUUUACUGUUGUGCACUUUUGUUGAAAAAGAAAAAAAUUGUCUUCUAAUUCAAAAUUUUGAUUAUUCGGGUUUGUGUUUCAAAAAGAAGAAGAAGAUUAUUCGGGUUUCUAAUAAAGAGGCUUGGGAAAUAAUAAGGAUCUAGAGGUAAUUUUGCAGUUCUUAUUUAUUUUUUUUAAUGAUGAUUUAUUAUGAUAUAAAAAAGAUUACACAGACGAUUCGAUAACCGAUAAUACUAUCUGUCUUAUAAAGACUUACGCCUAAUUGCGUCAACUGAGUUAUCAUAUGAAGAUUCACGUGUGACCAGAUUUACUUGCACAAUGUUAAAGAUCAUUUGUAAGCCUUUUUUCUGUAGUCUUGUAUAAUUUUUUAAUAAACUGCUCUCUUCGAAAAAAAACAUAAAUUUUCUGUAAUCUGCAAUAAAUUACAUAGUGUAGAAUUCGAACUUCGGAUCUAAAUGUAGAAGCCUUUAAACCUUAAUCAAUAGGCUAAAAUGAUCAUUUGAAUUUUAAAUUAAAUAAAUUUUAAAUUAAAUAAAUUUGGAGUUAAAAAGUGUAUUGACGGAAACAGUUACAAAAAUACAAAAUAGAGAUAGCCAAGGACCGGCACGUAUAUUACCUGAAAUUCAUCCCUGAGUCUCGUUCUCACUUCUCCCUCUCUCUCUCUCUCUCUCUCUCUCUCUCUCUCUCUCUCUCGGUAGAUCGCUCGCUCUAGGGUGUCGACACACGCUCGCUUGAAUAGGAAUGUGAGAUCGUGCUUCCCUCUCUUCAAUGUUGAAUCGGUUCGUUUCUCGGAUCUCGAUGAUCCUCGAUUUUCUGAACCAAACGUGAAGAUUACCUUUCCCGUUUUCGCUCACCAGCUAAUUUCUUCUCCCUUUCGUCGCCGCCAUGUUCGAAGCUCAUGUGUUACAUCUGCUUCGGAGGUAUUUGGGUGAAUAUGUGCAUGGACUCUCCACAGAGGCUCUGCGGAUUAGUGUCUGGAAAGGGGAUGUUGUUCUUAAAGACUUGAAGUUAAAGGCGGAGGCUUUGAACUCACUGAAACUUCCAGUCGCUGUCAAAUCCGGUUUUGUCGGAACCAUCACUUUGAAGGUCCCUUGGAAAAGUUUAGGAAAAGAGCCAGUCAUAGUUCUGAUCGACCGUGUCUUUGUUCUUGCUUAUCCUGCCCCUGAUGGCCGGACAGUUAAGGAAGAAGACAUGGAAAAGUUUCUAGAAACCAAGCUUCAGCAGAUCGAGGAAGCGGAAUCAGCAACUCUAGAAGCAAGAGCAAAAUCUAAGCUGGGAAGUUCUCCAGCAGGAAAUUCAUGGCUAGGUUCGCUUAUUGCUACAAUUAUUGGUAAUCUGAAAAUAUCCAUCAGCAAUGUGCAUGUUAGAUACGAGGAUUCGACCAGUAAUCCAGGGCACCCGUUUGCUUCGGGCAUCACCUUGGCCAAGCUCGCAGCUGUUACAAUGGAUGAGGAAGGAAAUGAGACAUUUGACACAAGCGGUGCUUUGGAUAAACUGCGUAAGUCCUUGCAGCUUGAGAGGCUUGCUUUGUAUCACGAUUCUAAUAGCUCUCCCUGGGAAAUGGAGAAGCAAUGGGACGAUAUUAGUCCCGUGGAGUGGGUUGAGAUGUUUGAAGAUGGAAUAAAGGAGCAAACCGCGCAUAAUAUAAAGUCGAAAUGGGCCUUGAAUCGUCGAUACUUUUUGUCCCCUAUUAAUGGAUCUCUUAAGUAUCACCGGUUAGGAAAUCAGGAGAGAAAUAAUCAGGAGAUUCCAUUUGAAAGAGCGUCAGUUAACCUAAAUGAUGUUAACGUCACAAUCACAGAGGAGCAAUAUCACGACUGGAUAAAGCUAGUCGAAGUUGUUUCAAGAUACAAAACAUACAUGGAAAUUUCACAUUUAAGGCCCAUGGUUCCUGUUUCAGAGGCUCCACGUUUGUGGUGGCGCUUUGCUUCUCAAGCUAGUUUGCAACAAAGGAGACUAUGCUAUCGAUUUUCCUGGGAUAGCAUUCACCAUUUUUGUCGGUUACGUCGGCGCUAUAUUCAGCUGUAUGCCAACUUUCUGCAGCUGUCAUCAAAUGCCAACAACCCUGAGAUGAGAGAAAUCGAAAAGGACCUUGAUUCCAAAGUGAUUCUUUUGUGGAGGUUACUUGCACAUGCAAAGGUUGAAUCUGUAAAAUCAAAAGAAGCUGCCGAGCAGAGAAAGCUGAAAAAGGGUGGUUGGUUCUCAUUUAAAUGGCGGACAGAAUCUGAAGAUGACCCGGAGGCUGAUACUGUGGCUGAGGGAUCAAAAUCGAUGGAGGAAGGAUUGACUAAGGAAGAAUGGAAGGCCAUAAAUAAGUUACUGAGUCAUCAGCCUGACGAAGAGAUGAAUUUAUAUUCAGGAAAAGACAUGCAGAAUAUGACUCACUUUCUUGUAACUGUAUCAAUUGGACAAGGUGCAGCUAGGAUUGUUGAUAUAAACCAGACUGAGGUGCUGUGUGGUAGCUUUGAGCAACUCGAUGUGACAACAAAGUUCAGAUAUCGGAGUACUCAGUGUGAUGUAUCACUGAGGUUCUAUGGCUUAUCUGCACCAGAGAGUUCGCUUGCACAGAGUGUAUCCAGUGAGAGAAAGACAAAUGCCUUGAUGGCUAGUUUUGUGAAGUCACCUAUUGGAGAGAACAUUGAUUGGAGGCUAUCAGCGACGAUAUCCCCUUGUCACGCUACGAUCUGGACCGAAAGUUAUGAUCGUGUAUUGGAGUUUGUGAAGCGAAGUAACGCAAUCAGCCCUACCGUUGCACUGGAAACUGCUGCUGUGCUUCAGAUGAAACUAGAGGAAGUGACUCGACGGGCUCAAGAGCAACUUCAAAUAGUGUUGGAGGAGCAAAGCAGAUUUGCUCUCGACAUUGAUCUUGAUGCUCCAAAAGUGAGAAUUCCUUUGAGGGCUUCAGGAUCUUCCAAGUGCAGUAGCCAUUUCCUUUUGGACUUUGGUAAUUUUACUCUAACCACGGUGGAUACUCGGUCUGAAGAGCAAAGGCAAAACUUAUAUUCUCGGUUUUGCAUUUCCGGAAGAGAUAUUGCCGCUUUCUUUACGGGCUGUGGAUCUGACAACAAAGGUUGCAGUUUACUCAUGGAAGAUUUCACUAAUCAGCCAAUGGUGCCUCCCAUUCUGGAGAAAGGGGACAGCGUUUAUUCCCUUAUUGAUAGGUGUGGAAUGGCAGUUAUUGUUGAUCAGAUCAAGGUACCUCACCCAAGUCACCCAACCACAAGAAUUUCCAUCCAAGUGCCAAAUAUUGGUGUUCAUUUCUCGCCAACAAGAUAUAUGAGGAUCAUGCAACUGUCCGAUAUCUUGUAUGGUGCAAUGAAAACCUACAGUCAAACUCCUCUUGAUGACAUCCCAGAUGGAAUCCAACCUUGGAGUCCUGCAGAUCUUGUUAGUGAUGCUAGAAUUUUAGUUUGGAAGGGAAUUGGCAACUCUGUUGCUACUUGGCAGCCUUGUCACCUUGUUUUGUCUGGUUUAUAUCUGUAUACAUAUGAAUCAGAGAAGUCACUUGAUUAUCAACGUUAUUUAUGCAUGGCUGGCAGACAAGUAUUUGAGGUUCCGCCCGAAAAUGUUGGUGGUUCUCCUUACUGCCUUGCUGUCGGUCUAAGGGGAACGAAUCUUAAAAAGGCCCUGGAAUCUUCUAGCACCUGGAUCAUAGAGUUUCAGGGGGAGGAAAAGGCAGCAUGGCUGAGAGGACUUGUCCAAGCAACCUAUCAAGCUUCUGCUCCUCUGUCGGGGGAUGUACUUGGUCAUACACGUGAUGGUGAUGGUGACUUCCAUGAACCUCAGACUGGGAAUUUGAAAGCUGCUGAUCUUGUUAUUAAUGGUGCUUUAGUUGAGACGAAGCUGUAUUUGUAUGGAAAGAUCAAGGAUGAAUGUGAUGAGAAGGUUGAAGAGGUCCUGCUUCUCGAAGUUCUUGCUGCCGGAGGAAAGGUCCACAUGAUAAGUUCAGAGAGUGGCUUAACCGUUAGGACGAAGUUGCAUUCUCUAAAAAUCAAAGAUGAACUUCAGCAGUCAGGAAGUGCUCAGUAUUUGGCUUACUCUGUUCUGAAGAACGAAUACAUACAAGACCCAAGAAGAUGUGAUGCUUAUGACAAGGAGAUGUCUGUAGGACAUGCAGAUGAUGAAGAUGCUUUCACUGAUGCUUUGCCAGAGUUUCUGUCUCCUACAGAACCAGGUACUCCUGAUAUGGAUAUGAUUCAAUGCAGCAUGAUGAUGGACUCUGAUGAACAUGUGGGGAUCGAGGAUGCUGAAGGUGGAUUUCAUGAGAAAGACACAUCUCAGGGAAAAGGCCUUUGCGAUGAGGUAUUUUAUGAAGUGCAGGGUGGUGAAUUUUCUGAUUUCGUAUCAGUUGUUUUCUUGACGAGGAGCUCCAGUUCCCCCGAUUAUAAUGGAAUCGACACACAGAUGAGCAUUCGCAUGUCAAAACUGGAGUUCUUUUGCAGUAGACCAACUCUAGUUGCUUUAAUUGGUUUUGGAUUUGACUUGAGUGCUGCAACAUAUGUUGAAGAUGAUAAAGAUGCCAACAAUCUGGCUUUUGAGAAAUCUGGUAGUGAGAAAGAAGCAAAGGAUGAAGGUGGACGCAUUGAAGGAUUACUUGGAUAUGGCAAGGACCGCGUAGUGUUUUACCUGAACAUGAAUGUUGAUAGUGUGACUGUGUUUCUUAACAAGGAGGAUGGUUCUCAGCUUGCGAUGUUUGUACAAGAACGAUUUGUGCUGGACAUUAAGGUUCACCCGAGCUCUCUUUCAAUAGAAGGGACUCUAGGAAAUUUUAAACUCUGUGACAAGUCGUUAGACUCAGGAAACUGCUGGAGUUGGCUCUGUGACAUACGUGAUCCAGGUGUUGAGUCUCUUAUCAAGUUCAAAUUCAAUUCAUAUAGUGCUGGAGAUGACGACUAUGAAGGAUAUGAUUAUAGCUUAUCUGGUAGACUAUCAGCUGUUCGCAUCGUAUUCCUCUACAGAUUUGUUCAAGAGGUUACAGCGUACUUCAUGGGACUUGCUACUCCUCAUACUGAAGAAGUCAUUAAGCUUGUUGACAAAGUUGGAGGCUUUGAGUGGCUAAUCCAGAAAUAUGAGAUAGAUGGUGCUACUGCGCUGAAACUAGACCUUUCACUAGACACUCCAAUAAUUGUUGUCCCUAAUGAUUCUCUAAGUAAAAAUUACAUUCAACUUGACCUUGGUCAGCUGGAGAUAUCAAAUGAAAUAAGCUGGCAUGGGUGUCCGGAGAAAGAUCCAAGUGCUGUACGUGUAGAUGCCCUUCAUGCGAAGAUUCUUGGACUAAAUAUGUCAGUAGGCAUAAAUGGAUCAAUUGGUAAACCAAUGAUACGUGAAGGCCAGGGACUGGACAUUUUUGUCCGCCGCAGCCUACGAGAUGUUUUUAAGAAAGUACCAACACUUUCAGUUGAGAUCAAGAUUGAUUUCUUGCAUGGUGUGAUGUCUGACAAAGAAUAUGAUAUUAUUGUAAGUUGCACAACCAUGAAUUUGUUUGAGGAGCCAAAGCUACCUCCAGAUUUUCGUGGUAACAGUCCUGGUCCCAAAGAUCAAAUGCGUCUGCUGGUUGACAAAGUGAACUUGAAUAGUCAGACGAUAAUGUCACGUACAGUUACAAUACUGGCUGUGGAUAUAAACUAUGCUCUUCUUGAGUUACGUAAUAGUGUUAGUGAAGAGUCACCGUUAGCUCAUGUUGAGCUUGAAGGAUUAUGGGUAUCCUACAGGAUGACGUCACUAUCUGAGACAGAUUUGUAUGUGUCGGUUCCUAAAGUUUCUGUUUUAGACAUCCGUCCUAACACAAAGCCUGAAAUGCGGCUGAUGCUUGGCUCAUCGGUCGAUGCUUCCAAGCAAGUUUCUUCUGAAUCUUUUCCAUUUUCCCUUAACAAGGGAAGUUUUAAGCGGGCCAACUCCAGGGCUGUUCUUGAUUUUGACGCACCAUGUUCAACGAUGUUGCUGAUGGAUUAUAGAUGGCGAGCGUCCUCUCAGUCAUGUGUUUUACGGGUUCAACAACCUCGUAUCCUUGCUGUUCCUGACUUCCUCCUUGCGGUUGGUGAAUUUUUUGUUCCAGCUUUGCGUGCAAUAACAGGAAGAGACGAAACAAUGGAUCCAACAAAUGAUCCAAUCACUAGACGUAGUGGCAUAGUUCUCUAUGAGGCUCUCUAUAAACAGAUAGAAGAGGUGGUGUACUUUUCCCCAUGUAGACAGUUGGUAGCAGAUUCACUCGGGGUUGAUGAGUAUACAUAUGACGGAUGUGGAAAGGUAAUCUCGUUGAGUGAACAAGGAGAGAAGGAUUCAAACUCAGGAAGAUUAGAACCUAUCAUAAUCGUCGGGCAUGGAAAAAAGUUGCGGUUCGUAAAUGUAAAAAUUAAGAAUGGGUCGCUCCUGAGCAAGUGCGUUUACUUGAGUAACGAUAGUAGCUGCUUAUUUUCCCCGGAAGAUGGUGUUGAUAUCUCAAUGUUAGAAAACACGAAAUCUAAUUCUGAGAGUGUGCUUAGCAAUGCGCACAAAUCGUCAGAUGUUUCAGAUGCUUGUCAAUCCGAUUUGAAGGCUGGCCAGAAUUUUACCUUUGAAGCUCAGGUUGUUUCUCCUGAAUUCACAUUCUUUGAUGGCACAAAAUCCUCCCUGGAUGACUCCUCUGCUGUAGAAAAGCUUUUGCGAGUUAAGUUGGAUUUUAAUUUCAUGUACGCCUCAAAAGAAAAUGACAUCUGGGUUCGAGCUUUGCUAAAGAACCUAGUGGUGGAAACUGGUUCUGGUCUUAUCAUUCUUGAUCCAGUCGAUAUUUCUUUGGGAUACACUUCUGUCAAAGAAAAAACAAAUAUGUCCUUAACGUCAACUGACAUAUACAUCCACCUUUCUUUGAGUGCUCUUUCCCUCCUACUGAAUCUGCAGAGCCAAGUGACUGGAGCUUUACAAUCUGGAAAUGCUAUUCCUUUAGCUUCAUGCACUAACUUCCACAGGAUUUGGGUUUCACCAAAAGAAAAUGGACCCAGGAACAAUCUCACAAUUUGGAGGCCGCAAGCUCCUUCGAACUAUGUUAUAUUGGGAGAUUGUGUGACGUCGAGGGCAAUUCCUCCUACACAAGCAGUGAUGGCAAUAAGUAAUACAUAUGGGCGCGUACGGAAGCCCACUGGGUUUAAUUGUAUUGGCCUGUUCUCUGUUAUUCAAGGUUCAGGAGGGGAUAAUGGUCAACAUUCUAUUGAUAGCGAUGAAUGCUCCCUCUGGAUGCCUGUAGCUCCUGCAGGAUACACUGCUAUGGGGUGUGUUGCAAAUUUAGGAAGUGAGCCACCACCAGAUCACAUUGUUUAUUGUCUAAGGUCUGACCUUGUAUCUUCCAGCAGUUUCUCUGAGUGCAUAUACACGGUGCCCUCCAAUUCAUUAUUUGAGUCUGGAUUCAGCAUAUGGCGUGCUGAUAAUGUUCUUGGAUCAUUUUAUGCUCACUCUUCAACUGCGGCUCCUUCCAAACAAUAUAGUCCUGGCCUCAGUCAUUGUCUUCUUUGGAAUCCCCUUCAGAUGAAGACAUCUCCAAUCUCUGACUCAUCACCUACAGGUGGCUCUCAGAGUGAGCAAACAAGUGAUCAGACUGGAAAUUCAUCAGGAUGGGACAUUGUCAGGUCAAUUUCUAAGCCAACUAGUUAUCAUGUUUCAACUUCUAAUUUUGAGAGAAUAUGGUGGGACAAGGGUGGUGAUCUUCGUAGACCUGUCUCAAUAUGGAGGCCUAUACCACGUCCUGGUUUUGCCAUAUUGGGUGAUAGCAUAACUGAAGGGUUGGAGCCACCUGCACUUGGAAUACUCUUUAAAGCAGAUGACUCUGAGAUUGCUGCAAAACCUGUGCAGUUUAGUAAAGUCGCACAUAUUGUGGGGAAGGGUUUGGAUGAAGUUUUCUGCUGGUUUCCUGUUGCCCCUCCUGGCUAUGUUUCUCUAGGAUGCGUUCUUUCUAAAUUUGAUGAGGCUCCACGUGUGGAUUCAUUCUGUUGUCCUAGGAUUGAUCUUGUUAACCAGGCUAACAUUUAUGAAGCUUCUGUUACAAGAUCCUCAAGUUCAAAGUCUUCUCAAAGUUGGAGUAUUUGGAAAGUUGACAAUCAGGCAUGCACUUUUCUUGCACGUCCUGAUCUAAAAAGGCCUCCAAGUCGACUGGCUUUUGCUGUUGGAGAAUCGGUAAAGCCGAAAACACAGGAAAAUGUAAAUGCGGAAAUUAAGCUGAGAUGCUUCUCUUUAACGCUACUAGAUGGCUUACAUGGAAUGAUGACUCCUCUCUUUGACACAACUGUCACCAAUAUCAAGCUAGCAACUCAUGGUCGUCCAGAGGCCAUGAAUGCAGUACUCGUUUCCUCAAUCGCUGCUUCAACAUUUAACCCACAGUUGGAAGCGUGGGAGCCUCUUCUGGAGCCAUUUGAUGGAAUAUUCAAGUUGGAAACAUAUGACACUGCAUUGAGUCAAUCAUCGAGACCAGGAAAACGGUUGCGCAUUGCUGCUACUAACAUUUUAAACCUAAAUGUUAGUGCUGCAAACCUUGAAACUCUUGGUGAUACCGUUGUUUCCUGGAGAAGGCAAUUAGAACUUGAAGAAAGAGCGGCCAAAAUGAAAGAGGAAUCAGGUGUUUCUCGUGAGAGUGGAGAUCUUUCAGCUUUUUCAGCUCUCGACGAAGAUGAUUAUCAGACCAUUGUGGUAGAGAAUAAACUUGGCCGUGACAUAUAUCUGAAAAAGCUGGAGGAGAACUCAGAUGUAAUUGUAAAAUUGUGUCACGAUGAAAACACUUCGGUCUGGGUUCCACCGCCAAGGUUCUCCAAUAGGUUAAAUGUUUCAGACAGUUCUAGAGAAGCACGCAAUUACAUGACUGUACAGAUUGUUGAGGCUAAGCGCUUGCAUAUCGUCGAUGAUGGCAACAGUCACAAUUUCUUUUGCACCCUGCGCCUCGUUGUUGAGAGUCACGGUGCUGAACCACAAAAGCUUUUUCCUCAGAGUGCUAGGACCAAGUGCGUGAAGCCUUCCACUACGGUUAUCAAUGACUUGAUGGAGUGCACUUCCAAUUGGAAUGAACUAUUCAUUUUUGAAAUCCCAAGGAAGGGAUUGGCCAGGUUGGAGGUUGAAGUAACAAACCUUGCUGCUAAAGCUGGAAAAGGGGAGGUCGUCGGGUCGCUUUCAUUUCCUAUUGGACAUGGGGAAAAUACAUUUAGAAAGGUAGCUUCAGUAAGGUCGUUAUAUCAAUCUAGUGAUGCUGAGAAUAUAAGUUCCUAUACGCUUCAGAGAAAGAAUGCCGAAGAAAUACAUGACAAUGGAUGCUUGCUUGUUUCAACAUCUUAUUUCGAGAAGACUACAAUCCCCAACACACUAAGAAAUAUGGAAAGUAAGGAUUUUGCGGACGGAGACACUGGUUUCUGGAUUGGAGUUCGGCCUGAUGACUCAUGGCAUAGCAUUCGUUCGCUGCUUCCGCUUUCUGUCGCUCCAAAAUCAUUACAAAACGAUUUUAUUGCAAUGGAAGUUUCUAUGAGAAACGGAAGAAAGCAUGCAACAUUCAGAUGUUUAGCGACAGUUGUGAAUGAUUCAGAUGUCAAUUUAGAGAUAUCCGUAUCUUCUGAUCAGAAUGUCUCUUCAGGGCCAAGCAAUCAUAAUGCUUUGAUUGCCUCUAGAUCGUCCUAUAUUUUACCAUGGGGAUGUUUAUCAAAGGAUAAUGAACAGUGCCUGCAUGUCCGGCCAAGGGUUGACCCCCCUCAUCAUUCUUAUGCAUGGGGUAGUUGCAUCGCCGUGAGCUCUGGUUGUGGAAAAGAUCAACCAUUUGUUGAUCAAGGUUUGCUUACUCGGCAGCAAACUUUUAAGCAAAGCAGCAGACCAGCUUCUUUUGUAUUGAAAUUAAAUCAGCUUGAGAAGAAGGAUAUGCUUUUUUGCUGCCAGCCCGCUACUGGGAGUAAGCCAUUCUGGCUCAGCAUUGGAGCAGAUGCCUCAGUUCUUCAUACAGACCUCAAUACACCUGUUUAUGAUUGGAAAAUUUCUAUUAAUUCUCCUCUGAAGCUAGAAAAUAGACUCCCUUGCCCAGUCAAAUUCACGGUGUGGGAAAAGACAAAAGUAGGCACAUAUCUUGAGAGACAACAUGGUGUAGUAUCUUCAAGGAAGCUUGCUCACGUAUAUUCAACAGAUAUUCAGAGACCUGUGUAUCUUACAUUAGCCGUCCAUGGUGGUUGGGCUUUGGAAAAGGAUCCCAUUCCUGUUUUAGAUCUAUAUUCAAGUGACAGUGUGACAUCUUUUUGGUUCAUCCAUCAACAGAGCAAAAGGAGACUACGUGUAAGUAUAGAACGUGAUGUUGGAGAAACAGGGGCUGCACCAAAGACUAUAAGGUUCUUUGUGCCAUACUGGAUUACAAAUGAUUCAUAUAUUCCGCUAGGCUAUAGAGUGGUGGAGAUUGAACCUUCAGAAAAUGUGGAAGCUGGCUCUCCCUGCCUGUCUAGGGCUCCCAGAUCUUUUAGGAAAAAUCCUGGAUUUUCGAUGGAGAGGAGACAACAGAGGAAAAAUGUCCGAGUGCUCGAGGUUAUUGAGGAUACUAGUCCUAUGCCUAGCAUGCUUUCUCCACAAGAAUCAGCUGGUCGGAGUGGCGUUGUGCUGUUUCCUUCUCAGAAGGAUUCUUAUGUUUCCCCACGAAUUGGUAUUGCUGUAGCAGCUCGGGAUUCUGAGAUCUACAGUCCUGGAAUUUCUCUUCUUGAGCUUGAGAAGAAGGAACGUAUAGAUGUUAAGGCUUUCUGCUCAGACGCCUCGUACUACAAGCUCUCAGCAGUGUUAAAUAUGACGUCGGACAGAACAAAGGUUAUUCAUCUCCAGCCAAACACUUUAUUCAUCAACAGGGUGGGUGUCAGCAUCUGUCUUCAGCAGUGCGAUUGUCAGACAGAAGAAUGGAUCAAUCCUUCUGAUCCUCCAAAGCUCUUUAGAUGGCAGUCUUCCACCAGGACUGAGUUGCUAAAAUUACGAGUGCAGGGAUAUGGAUGGAGCACAUCAUUCAGUGUCUGUAGCGAAGGUGCAGUGCGUGUCCCUAUUGGAAGAGAAGAUGGGACUGAUCAAUUGCUGCUAAGAGUACAAGUCAGAAGCGGGACAAAGAACUCACGUUACGAAGUUAUUUUCAGGCCGAACUCUGUGUCCGGUCCUUACAGGAUCGAGAACCGUUCCAUGUUUCUUCCUAUUCGCUAUCGCCAAGUGGAUGGUGUCAGCGAGUCCUGGCAGUUUCUUCCUCCUAACGCGGCUGCUUCGUUUUAUUGGGAAAAUCUUGGUAGACGUCAUCUAUUUGAACUCCUUGUUGAUGGAAACGAUCCUUCUAAAUCAGAAAAAUACGAUAUUGAUCAAAUUGGUGAUCAUCCACCACGAAGUGAGACUGGACCUACCAGACCCAUACGAGUUACUAUUGUAAAGGAAGACAAAAGGAACGUUGUGAGAAUUAGUGACUGGAUGCCUGCAAUUGAGCCUACUUCCAGCAUAAACAGAAGACUUCCAUCAUCAUCUUUGUCGGAGUUAUCUGUAAAUGAGUCUCAGCAAUCUCAUCUUCUGGCCUCGGAAGAGUCCGAGUUUCAUGUGGUUGUUGAGCUCGCUGAGCUUGGAAUCUCCGUAAUCGAUCAUGCUCCAGAGGAAAUACUGUACAUGUCAGUGCAAAACCUCCUUGUGGCAUAUUCAACUGGCUUGGGCUCUGGGCUUAGCAGGUUCAAACUAAGGAUGCAAGGAAUACAAGUGGACAACCAAUUGCCAUUGGCUCCAAUGCCGGUUCUGUUCAGACCACAGAGAACUGGAGAUAAAGCUGAUAACAUUCUGAAGUUUUCGGUUACUUUGCAGUCAAAUGCUGGUCUCGAUCUCCGUGUCUUCCCGUAUAUAGGUUUCCAGGGACGUGAAAAUACGGCCUUUCUAAUUAACAUUCACGAACCUAUAAUCUGGCGCAUUCAUGAGAUGAUUCAGCAAGCCAACUUGAGUAGACUUUCAGAUUCUGGGUCGACAGCUGUAUCAGUUGAUCCAUUCAUUCAAAUCGGGGUUCUUAACAUCUCAGAAGUUAGAUUUAAAGUGUCCAUGGCCAUGUCCCCAAGUCAAAGGCCGAGGGGAGUUCUUGGAUUUUGGUCAUCCCUGAUGACUGCUCUUGGGAAUACCGAAAACAUGCCAGUACGCAUAAGUGAAAGAUUUAGUGAGAACAUAUCCAUGCGACAAAGUACUAUGAUCAAUAAUGCUAUUAGGAACGUAAAGAAAGACCUACUUGGCCAGCCUCUUCAGUUGCUCUCAGGUGUUGACAUUCUUGGCAAUGCAAGCAGCGCGCUUGGACAUAUGAGUCAAGGCAUAGCUGCAUUAUCAAUGGACAAAAAAUUCAUCCAAAGUCGACAGAGACAGGAGAGCAAAGGUGUUGAGGACUUUGGCGACAUUAUCAGAGAAGGAGGUGGAGCUCUAGCGAAGGGCCUGUUUAGAGGAGUCACAGGCAUAUUGACAAAGCCCCUCGAAGGUGCAAAGUCUUCUGGUGUCGAAGGCUUUGUAUCAGGUUUUGGGAAAGGAAUUAUUGGUGCUGCUGCCCAACCUGUGAGUGGAGUUCUGGAUCUUUUGUCGAAAACCACUGAAGGUGCAAAUGCCAUGAGGAUGAAGAUAGCAGCAGCCAUCACUUCAGAUGAACAACUUCUUCGCCGGAGACUUCCAAGAGCCGUUGGUGCUGAUAGCCUGCUUCGUCCAUACAACGAAUACAGAGCACAAGGGCAGGUCAUAUUGCAGUUGGCAGAAUCUGGAUCAUUCCUUGGCCAGGUUGAUCUGUUCAAAGUACGUGGAAAGUUUGCAUUAACAGAUGCUUACGAAAGUCACUUCAUCCUACCGAAAGGAAAAGUUCUAAUGAUCACACAUCGAAGAGUGAUAUUACUACAACAACCCUCAAACAUAAUGGGUCAAAGAAAGUUUAUCCCGGCCAAAGAUGCGUGCUCUAUACAGUGGGACGUUCUAUGGACUGAUCUGGUAACCAUGGAACUGACUGACGGGAAAAGAGACCAACCUAACUCUCCACCUUCGCGUCUUAUUCUCUAUCUGAGAUCAAAGUCGCAUGAUUCAAAGGAUCUCAGAUCAAAGCUACAUGAUUCGAAGGAACAGUUCCGUAUUGUCAAAUGCAGUCCAAACACCAAGCAGGCCUUUGAGGUUUACUCAGCCAUCGAUCAAACCAUUAACUUGUACGGGCAAAUUGCUUCAAAGGGAUUGGUGAAAACCAAAGUGACAAGGCCGUACUCCCCGAUGUCUGAGAGUUCUUGGGCUGAAGGAGGUUCUCAACAAAUGCCAGCUUCAGUUGCACCAACUUCAACCUUUGGCACAAGCCCAACGACCAGCUCGAGUUAAGGUUUUAAGAUGUUUGAAUCUCCGAGCUCUGUCUCCUUCCAGUGUUCCCAUUUUCUUCCUGGUGGGCGAGAAGAAACACAGCUUUGGUCUAAAAAAUACAUUUCGUUUUGUUCUAAUACUCAUGGUGUAGGAUUUUUGCAACAGUACCUUAGAAAUAUAAAUAUGUUCGUGUAUAUAAAUGUCUGCAGUACAGACUUCUCAAACAUCAGACUCGUGUUGAUCAACACAUGUAUACGACGCCACGUGUUGCCUUAUAUAAAUUUAUUAAUUCUUUAUAUU